AUGUCUAAGGUCUUUACCACAAGCGACGUUGCGUCGCAUAAGAAGCCCGACGACUUGUACAUCAUUGUCGAUGGCGAUGUUUACGAUGUGACAAAAUUCCAAGACGACCACCCAGGUGGUAAGAAGAUUCUCCAGCGCGUCGGCGGCAAGGACGCUUCCAAGCAAUUCUGGAAGUACCACAACGAGGGUAUCCUCAAGAAGUACAAGAAGCAGCUUCAGGUCGGAUCCCUUGACUCCAAACCCGCGGCCCCCGAGCCUAAGCCUGAGGCCAAUGCUGCUCCGGUGCCCGCGGCCCCUACACCCAAGGCCGUCAAGACUACACAGAAGGAGGUUGCUGCCAAGGAGGAAGACGCCGAGGCUCUUGAGCCUUUCGGUGACCAGAUACCCUUUGCUGACCCUGCCUGGUACCAAAGCUACCAUUCACCAUACUUCAACGAAUCUCAUGCUGCUCUCCGCGCCGAGAUCCGGGAAUGGGUUGAGAAGGAUAUCGAGCCUUAUGUCACCGACUGGGACGAGGCCAAGGAGGUCCCCGAGGAGAUCUACAAGGAGAUGGGUCGCCGCGGUUAUCUCGCUGGUCUGCUCGGUGUCAAGUACCCAACCCAAUAUGUUCCUCAAGGUAUCAAGUCUGUCCCUCCCGAGCAGUGGGAUCUCUUCCACGAGAUGAUCAUCACCGACGAGCUGUCCCGCACUGGCUCUGGUGGUUUCGUCUGGAACAUCAUUGGUGGUUUCGGUAUUGGCUGCCCUCCUCUUAUGAAAUUCGGUAAGAAGGAGCUCAAGGACCGUAUCAUGCCUGGCAUCCUCAGUGGCGAGAAGCGUAUCUGCUUGGCCAUCACUGAGCCUGAUGCUGGUAGUGAUGUUGCCAACCUGACCUGCGAGGCCAAGCUGAGCGAGGAUGGCAAGCACUACAUCGUCAACGGUGAGAAGAAGUGGAUUACCAACGGUAUUUGGGCCGACUAUUUCACCGUCGCUGUGCGAACUGGAGAGGCUGGCAUGAACGGUGUGUCUCUGCUCCUCAUUGAGCGUGGCGAGGGKGUUUCCACCCGACGCAUGCCUUGCCAAGGUGUCCUGUCUUCAGGAACAACAUACAUCACCUUCGAAGAUGUCAAGGUUCCCGUUGAGAACUUGCUCGGCAAGCAGAACCAGGGUUUCAAGGUCAUCAUGACCAACUUCAACCACGAGCGUAUGGGUAUUAUUAUCCAGUCCCUCCGAUUCUCUCGUGUCUGCUACGAGGAGUCCGUCAAGUACGGUAGCAAGCGACGCACGUUCGGCAAGAAGCUUAUUGACCACCCCGUUAUUCGCAUGAAGCUCGCUCACAUGGCUCGUCAAAUCGAGGCCUCGUACAACUGGCUCGAGAACCUCAUCUACCAGUGCGAACGCAUGGGUGAGACAGAGGCUAUGCUUCGGCUCGGCGGUCCUAUUGCUGGUCUCAAGGCCCAGUCUACCCUCACAUUUGAGUUCUGUGCCCGAGAAGCUAGUCAGAUUUUCGGUGGCUUGAGUUACUCUCGAGGAGGCCAGGGUGCCAAGGUAGAGCGACUGUACCGUGAUGUGCGAGCAUAUGCCAUCCCCGGUGGCAGUGAAGAGAUUAUGCUUGAUCUUAGCAUGAGGCAGAGUCUGAGAGUUGCAAAGGCUGUGGGUAUGAAGCUGUAA